AUGUCCGGUCGAGGAAAAGGUGGUAAAGGAUUGGGUAAAGGCGGUGCGAAACGUCAUCGUAAAGUAUUACGUGAUAAUAUCCAAGGCAUAACAAAACCAGCAAUUCGUCGUUUGGCUCGUCGUGGUGGUGUUAAACGUAUAUCCGGUUUGAUAUAUGAAGAAGUACGUGGUGUAUUGAAAAUAUUUUUGGAGAAUGUCAUUCGAGAUGCUGUCACAUAUACAGAACAUGCCAAACGAAAAACGGUUACAGCCAUGGAUGUUGUUUACGCUCUAAAACGACAAGGAAGAACAUUGUAUGGUUUUGGCGGUUAA